CUGCAGAGCACCAAGGGCAUUGGCCGUCGAGCUUUGCUGUUCUCAUGGAGGACUGUGCACCGUGUUGAGGCAGCACUGUUAGUAAAGACAGCUGCGGUCGCAAGUGAAGUGAGCUAUGUGUAGGAUGGAACGACUUCCGGUAGCUUCCGAUAACAGUAGUGAAUCGGACCCUGAUGCAAACGACUGUUUCCAUCCACCCGUGAGUGGAAACAAAAAAGACUCCUGGGCGACGGCCACUCAGGCAGCGAUCAAGUGCUUCGAAGCUAGGCUGGCGUGUUCUGAAGACGGAGCGUGCGUCAGCCAUUGCUGUCACCAGAAAAUUAAUGCAGACGGCCGGUCUCCCGAGUCUGGCUGCACGAAUCUCGCGCUGGACGUGAACAGGACCAGACGGGGCAGCCAGAGCAGCAUGGGCAGCAGGCUCAGAACCGUGGUCUUCACGUGCCGCGAAAACAGCGACCUCAGCCUAAGGCUCGACGACAUACGCUACAUUGACGAGAGUGCGAGGAGCUCCGUUUCUGCGUACCACUUAGGAGGGGAUGCAUCACAUAGCCCAACCCACCCCACUCCGUCCCCAACGGGGGCGGAUACAGCAAGUGCCAACCCACGUCCCAUCUUGGUCCGGAUGUCAUCCAGCGACCAGCGCACCCUUGACGAGCAACAUGACGGUCUCCCACCCCACUACCAUCUUGAAGCAGAUACGCAGAGCAAUCUCUCCUACUACGUUGAAAAAGACUUUAGGUACUUCUUCCAACAUCCCUACAGUCGGCUGUUUGUCAGCUACUUCGUCAUCUUCUGCAACUUCCUUGUCUUCGCGGAGGACCCAAUAUCUCACAGCCGCACCGAGAGCGAGAUUCCCAUAUUCGGGAAUGUCUUCUCCUUCGUGUGCACCAAGUACCCCCCAGAGUGGGGGUGGCGUUUCCUCAAGGUCCUGCUUUGGCUGGUGGCCAUAUUCUGGGGUCUCGUCUGCGGGAAGUACUUCAUACAUAACUUCUUGCUCCGCAAUAUGUUCAGGCUGAAAAUGUUCAGAGAGGAGCAAGGUACCUGGAUGAUAAUGUUCAUGACAAUGCUCAUGUUUGUCUACAUGUUCUCCUUGGUGUACAACACCUUCCUCAUGAGCGCCCACCCAACUCCUGAGCCUUAUCGCAUUAAUGCCAUGAUGGGCAUCACAAAUGCAAAUUUCAUGAAAGCUGCGGCAUGUGGGACUUGGCUGGGAGAUUUCCUCACUGCCUGGAUGGUAACGGACAUGAUGUUGCAAGAUGAUCUGUACCCAAGCUGGGCGAGAUCUCUCCGGGACUUUUGGCGUACCCAUGGCCGAACGCGGAUCAUCAUCUUUUGGACGGGAACUGUGACACUGUCCACGGUGGUCAUCACGCUUAUAGUCAGCGACCAUAUCUCUUGGGACUACCUCAACCGGGAGUUUGUCGCCACCACGGAACUGUCCCGGGCGUUCCUCGCCUCCUUCAUUCUAGUUAUGGACCUGCUUAUUGUUAUGCAGGAUUGGGACUUUCCCCAUUUCGUAUGCAACCUCAACAUCAACCUUCCUGGACUGCACGCUGCUUCAUUCAAAUAUCGCAUGUUCCAGAAAUAUGUGCACCUUCCUGAAAUUGUCUUCCAUAUAACUGGCAAAUGGUUCAACUACGGCAUCAUCGUGAUAGUGAUGAUGCUGGACCUUAAUAUGUGGAAGAACCAGAUUUUCUACUAUCCUCCAGACUAUGGUCAGUACAUUGGUCCAGACAAUAAAGUGCGCACGGUACCCAACUAUACCGUACUAGCCACAGGCAACCGUUCGCUAUGGACCUACGAAAGUCGUUGGUACCAGAUCAACCCCCGGACCAACCACAGCCUUGUGGAAGAUGACAUCCUCAUGAACUCUCGCUACCUGGGCUACCCGCUCUCCGUCAAGAGCAUGGCAUUCAUCCCUUCCAUCGUGGGAUUCUUAAUGUUUGGGAUCCUGACGUACUUGUACGGCCGUUUCCCGCCAAAGACGGACGAGACUGCGGGGGGCCGGCUCCGUCGUCGUAAGCCGUCAUUCCGUUCGAGCUGGAAGCGCGAACGGUCGCGGACCUUCUCACCACACCGUGCCCUCUUCCACUUGGACGUAAAGGACCCGGCGUCGCGACUGGUCCGCCCGAUGGCAAAACUGGUCGUCUGCUGGGAUGUGCGCUGUGGGGCAGUUUCCACCCACAAGCACCAUCCCCCUUCUGCGUCGUCUGCUAGAGAGUCUUCGUAGUGAAGACAGGCUGACAACAGACUGGUGGAGAAUGUAUCUGCUGCUGUGGGUUGGAUGGGAGUGCGAGUAGGUAUAAUUCGGUACGCUGCUGCAUGGCAUUAGAACUACUGGGACGGCAGUUACCAGAUAUGGAAAUGGACAAAGUUAUACGACACAUCCUAGAAGGCCCCCCGAGAUCCAUUUAUGUUUUGAGUCGCGUUAAACUUGCAUUUUUCCCCCAUUUUGUCUUUCAAUAGUUACGUGCCAAAGUGCACCAAAAAACCGCAAUAGCCAGCAGCACCAUCUCUAGAAUAUAAGUGCACCUGACAUGACUGAACACAUAUUCGAGUACCGCUGUACAACAGUAUAAGGCCUACACGUCCUAAGUGCAUGCGUGAUGUAAUUAUGGCUCGGUGAAAUGUGUGCAGAGAUCUCCUUCUACUUAAACCAGAUAACAACAUCGAACACUUUGAAGCGCAAAACUAUCUAAAUGUUACUUUCUUUUUUUCAAAAUGUAACUGGUUACAGCUACAGUUAAAAUUACAAUAACAUAGUUACUUUUUAAGAAACAAAAGCACAGUAAACGCAACUCUCAGAGUUUGUGCUGUCCAACUACUAUCACACGCUCGUUGCGCUUAAAUGGUACCUAUUUUUCAAAGCUAACUCACUAAGCUCCCAAUGCUUAAAUGCCAGACCAUUUCUCGCCAUGGCAAAUGACACGGCUUCCGUUUACACUGAAAAUAGUACUGAAACUGAAGAGUCUAGGGAAGUUGUUUGUGCUUCCAGCCACGGUUGCAGCAACACUCUCCAUCAGUCUGCAGCGUCCCGCGAUGCGAGGAACGCGGAGGAACGCUUUGCAAGUGGUCGUCCUCUGUGCGCUCUGCUUCCUGAUGUGCGAGGGUGCACGUGCAUGGGAUGCCCAGCUUUCUGCCUUAGUGUGUGUGUUGCGCGCAUGUGUGGUCGAGUGUGUAGGCAACACCUCAACAAAGCCCCAACUGGUGCAGCAUGCACGAGUGUUUGUCGUUCAAACUUCAGAUUAUCUGAGUCGUUUCCCAACAAGUGGGGGAUCGUGGAGUGAUAACAAAUGAUGUAAAAUGCUGUGGCUCAACGUUGCUGCUUUUAGGGGUUGUCUAUAAAUGAUGCACAAUAAGGACAUUCCUCAGGCUAAUACUUUAUAGAUAAAAAAACUGGAGGAAACGAACCGUUUUGCCGGAUUUUGCACAACUUGUAAUGGUGCGGUAAUUGCAGUAUGGGUGGCGACUCAGUAAUUGAACCGAAAUUGUACCGAGCUAAAAGCGGUAAGCGAGAUAAGGUCACGCGAGAAACAGUAUAGCUUUGGCUCUCUCAUUGAUUAUGUGGCAUGAGCAGGUUUAAGCUACAAGAAUUUAUCUAGACUUUGAGCGAACUGUAAGUGUUCAAAGCUGUGAUCAAACGCGGAGAAAAUAAUAAAUAUCGACACUUAAAACUGAACUGAGUACAGUUAGUUUCCAGAGUCUAAACUAAAAUCUACCUCGAGUGAAUUAAAGGCAAAUAAAAUAAUUCGAGAAGAGCAUAAAAAUGAGGACAGCUCAGGUGGUUUCCACAAACCUUCAUCGAUAGGAGUACUUCAGGCUCGACAGUUAUUUAUGGACGGCCCCUAGAAUAUGCAUGUGGUCUGUUGUACAAUUUUCGGGGCACACUUCCCUCUCUUUGAAACCGAUCAAGGCGAGAGUAACACAAUUUACAUCUCAAGGGCUUUCAGCACUGAAAAUUUUGACGCUGGGACUUUAGAUCCAUUCCAUAGCAUAAAAGUGAACAAAAACCCCCUUACCCAUCCUAUAGAUAUGCCACUCACAUUGUGCCUUCUGGAGACAAAAACCAUUAAUACAGACACCAACAUCAGUGAGAGCAAAAAACAAUCUAGUACAUACAUUAGUGAUAUUCUGUAAUAUUACGAGAAAGAAAAAAAAGAACAUUCCACUUUUUUUUACGUUUAUACUCUUCAAGACGUCCUGUCCUUCGUGGAACAGUGCAAAAGUAACGUGACCACAGCGCUGCUGCGCUAGAAACGUGAUCUUCAAAAUGAUGGUACAACAACACUUUAAUGGCAAACUGCAAUGGCGUAUGUUUUUAAUGCGAUACAGGGUCUUGCUGUUCCGGGUUUUAUGCUGUACCGAAAGUCAGCAAUGAAAACUCCAGAGUUCUUUUUUUUUUCUCCCAAAGGUGCACUGAGGUGCUAUUACAUUUUGGAUUAAAUUAUAAAAUUUCUAUUACAUUAUCAUUAUUUCAUGUCACAUAUUUCAUGUCAUGUUACAUUAUUAUUAUUACGUCAAAUAACAUUAUGGGAGAAAAUUUUGGUUCACAGGUAAAAGUAUUGUCACAAAUAAUUAACUGGAAAUCAUGUUUUCUGUUAGACAAGAAAGAUUUAGCAGUUGCGUACCGUGCAAGUUUCACGUAAUUAAUGAACAGACAUAAUCAAUACUAUACUUCAGUUCAAUCAACAGCUAAAACCAGUUCAAUUUUUAAUUUUGAUUACUUGAAAUUAUUUUAUUUAUUUUUAAGACACAAAUUUUUAAUGUAAUAAUAAUAGUUAAAUUCGGAUUGCUAAUUAUAAUUAAUAUUAAACAAUAAAAAAUCCAAACAAUAAUUAAACAAUAUUUUAUUUUAAUGUUGCUUUAAUGACCUAAGGUAACAGAUUCAGGUAGUGAAAGCCCGAGUUUAACCUGGAAAAGUCAAACCCGAAUGCAGUAAUCAGAAGGUAUAUUUUGUUGUUGUCCUACGGCCAACCCGCCUGAUUCCAUAGCUGCACCAGUCCCUGCCAAGUUGAGGUUAUGUAACCAAUGUGCUGCAUCUAGCAAAUGUGGCUAAAUAAUGUUUGUAACGUGGAAUGCGGUCUUCCUUUGGACCACAGAUAUAUAUAUAUAUAUUGCAUACAUAUUAUAACAAAUUACCUUGGGAUGUGUUUCCUGCAGGCAAAGAGAAAACCGUAAGAAAGAACCACACAUUUGAUAGGUGUUUGUACAGAUUCUUUGUACGGGUGCAACUCCGUAAUGAUGAGAAAUGCCUUGUGAAGUGCACUGCAUUUAUUAUGAUCUUAGGUCAGACACUGGUUGGAAGCAGCCUGCAGUUACACGAAAAAAAUUUUGCAUUUAUUGUGAAUGCCAUCGUACACGGAGUGGGGACAGGAGCAGCUCGUGAAACGUCGACCUCCCCCAUGUUGUUAAGAUUUUAUAGCAGCAUUUAUCAAUUGGUUACAUAAUUAGAUGUUAUGUAAAUUUUGUAACUAAGUUUGGAAGAUAUUUUGUGAGACUAACUUUUAGAAUGCUGUAGUAUAUAGUGCAGUUACAGUAACAGACUUACAGUAUAAUAACUGUUAAGAUAAGUAUUUAAAGAGAUUGAAACAUUUAAAUAAUUUAUUUUACUAAACAAUACUAACAGUUAGUUACAGUAAUAACUUUUCAGGUAAUGUGAAAUUGAAUGGAUGACAUUUAACGUGCAACUUUAAUGAUCCUACUUGAUUACCUCAGCAUGUUCCAGCUUAACUCACAGAGGGAGGAAGUCAUUUCAACAGCCAGCUCCUUUCAGGCGCAACAGAGCUAUUCAACAGAAUACAUUAUCGUCUGCCAUAGGGGGAAAAAAUUCUACCUGACAAUUGCGAGGCAAACGCAAUAAUGGGUUUGUUAUUAUUCCUCUGAAGCCAUUAUUUUAUGCAAUCCAUUACAUUCCAGGUGGACUAAGUUAUGGACCCUGCAAAAUUUCAUGCAGAGGAGAAACAUGAUUUUCCACGAGCUGUUUUUGUCAGUUUCGAAAACGUUAUAUGCAGUAUGUUUUUAAUGUGCGUGAAAAAAAAGAAGAAAGAAACAUUUUGUUGCAUUUAUCAGUGUCGCAUUAUCGCUUGCUCCUACCAUUCUGUGCACACGUAUUCACACUACUGUGGCCAUUUAUUUGUUUAUUUUAUUUAUUUAUUUAUUUAUUUAUUUACAUUCAUUCAUAUAAUACAGUUCCAUUUCCCAGCCAUUCCCUGUCCAUUCCCCCCCUCCCUCUUUUCCCUGUUUCCACAGAGCUCACAUUCUGCCAUCUUGUAGGACUUUUUUGGUCCUGAGCCCUUCAAUUCCUAUUGAUUGCUCUUCAUUACAGUUCAUUAUCAUGGAAGAAGGCCAAUAUGUACUUCGAUACAUGUAUGCCACGAUUAUUGUUACGGAUACAGUGGAGGCCACUUGUAGCUAAUUUCUAAACAAAUUUUGGAUACACCCCAAAGGCCUCUAUUUUAUUUGCUGUGCGUCCAUACCACAUACAACUGCCCUCCUUCCCUGCUUUUUCCACUUCCAGAGCCAACAUGGCCUUCCAAAGCUACUUCCUUCAGGAAUGCUUCUUCACUUUCACCCACAUGGUGCACCCACAAAAUGACACUUUUUAUACAUUCUUUAUGGAGCAUUUGAUUGGGCCUUUGGCUUAUUAGUCUGCUUUCUGGACUGAGUUAGCAAAUGUAGUUCAGUGUGCAUAUGAUAAGUAGUACUAUUGUGGUGUGGAUGCCUCAUCACUGUCAAAACAUUGGCGUAUUAGGAUGCUAUCAUGUUUCCAUAACGUAAGAGCCUGAGCCUGGGAACACACUGUGUGGCCACGCUCAGGCUUUUACAUUACGGAGCUCAUACACCAGCUAGCCUGCAUUCACACAAUUUUGUCAGUAUCAUGUUUCCCUUAUGUGUUAUGUUGGUUGUGUAGCAGAUAUUGUCAUCUUCAUUUAUUUGGAGGAUUAUUAUAAAAGGUCCCCACCGUGUUCAUUUCAUGAAGAAGAAAAAAAAAAACUAUAUAUAUUACAGAACCUUCUUAUAUUCGCUGCUUCUGCUACUGUGGUUUGUGCUUCGUAGCUCGAAGAGCCUGAGAGAUCGGCUCAUGCAGUGUGCAAAGUAUGCAGGUUGCCUCCAAGAUGCCCGUUGCGAUGUAUAGCAAAAAAUGUUUAAAUAUAUACUUAUAAAUA